AUGAGAUUGUAUUACAAGAAAAUUGAGAUGGAUUGCUGCUUUCAUCAGCCAGUUUCUUCUUAUUAUUUUAUUGAUGACACCUAAUGUCAUUAUGUAUUUUUUUACUUAACAAAGUAUUUAUUAUACUAUUUUAGAAUAACAAUGAUAUCAGAAUUUUAUAAAGUGGCAAUAAUUUUUACAGGCAAUAUAAUUAUAUCACAAGUUUUUUUAGAACAGCUUUCAAAUUUUUGGAAGAAUCAUAAUUUAUAGAUUAAUAGCUUCAAGUUUGAACAAAAUGGAUUUCAAUACAGUUUUUCAUUUAAUGCAUUUUUUAAUAAUGCAUAACUGUUUAGAAGAAAUAUUUGA